CAUCAUCAUCCUGAUCCUAUCCAUUCAGUGUGACAUAUACUCCUCGGCUUGCCAUCUUCCAAUCUCUUGGAAGCUGCCGUACCAGCGGAACUGUGUUGGCCUGCCCAUGGCAGUCUCCCGAGAUGGUGGCAACACAUGGAAUAAGAGCAACGAGAACUCGAUCCUGAGCGGAGAACCGGAUGAUGUUGAGGUAUGGGGAUUUCGAGACCCCUUUCUAUCGGAAUGGCCUGCCCUCGAUCAACUCCGAGGACAAAAAAGUCUUUACGGCCUCGUCUCCGGCGGAGUUCACAGUAUGGGCCCUCGAGUAUUCCUUUACGCUGUGUCCCCUGUCGAUCUGGGUGCUUGGCACUACUUGGGCCCUGUGAUCGACUUCCCCAUUCGAUACUGUCCUUCCUUGAAAUGGGGAGCCGACUUCGGUGCCAACUUGGAAUGUGCGAACGUUAUGACACUGGAAGACGGCUCAGGAGAGCGCUCAUUCCUAGUCGGUCAGAUGGCGCAGCUUCUUCUGGUACCAGGUCGGCCGAACAGUGGAGAAUUUGCGCUCGGGCUGAUUGAGCCGGGUACCUUGCCGCUUCGUGCGGAUGGACAGAAUGAUUGCUUAUUGAUGCCCAUGACCAGGUUGGGACACGAUAUUUUUAUCAAACGGAAUAGAUUGGUUAGAACAGCUUAGUUAGCGAUGGACAUGUCUUGUCCCUCUAUCUGUCUAGGUGGAAAAUCAGCUAUUUAUCUAGGGCCGUGAUGACGUCUUUGAGAUACUCGGGACAACGGUCCUGAGACCGGAUUCCAAGAAUCCGGGACCUUGAGACCGGCUAGCUAGGACUCCGGGCCUAUUGAGACUACCCUAUUAGCCCUUUCCGUCUAACAAUUUUGGUGGUUGUGAUUCUCCGUGUUUCCUAGUUUACUGGAUACGGCCCCAGGAACAAGGUGCUCCUACCGAACGAUUCCGUAAAGGAGACCCACUCAUGAUUCUGUGCCAUCGUCCAAAUGUGUCCUUGUACUGUACCACGGCUGUUCCAGGACCAUAGC